AUGUCUACGAAUCCUGGACCUAAUGAGUUGUUUUCAACAUUUUACGAAGAAGUCAAGGCUAUUGAGAAGCGAGAUUCAGUAUUAACCCCGAAGCAACAAAUAGAUAGACUUAAUCGGCCUGGAUCAACUUAUUUUAAUUUGAAUCCAUAUGAUGUUUUACAAGUGGAUCCUGAUGCAGCAAUGGCUGAUAUAAAAAAGAAAUACAGACAGCUAUCUCUGCUUGUACAUCCGGAUAAAAACCCAGAUGAUAUUGAAAGAUCUCAGAAAGCCUUCGAAGCUGUAAACAAGGCUUACAAGGCUCUGGAUGACCCCGAAACUUCCCGCAAAUGCAAAGAAGUGGUGGAGGAAGCGAAAGAUCUUGUUGAACAAAUGAUGAUUGAGAAACGGAAACGUGUUAAAAAGACAAGCGGAUCUAUUACGAUUGAAGAAGAUGACCCUGAAAAGCGGCGUCAUGCCAUAUAUGUGCAAACAUGCAAACUGUUCGCUGAUCUUGAGAGACUAAGGGUGGAAGAAGAGCAAAAACAGUGUUCAGAAAGAAAACGCAAAGCUGAAGAGGAGGAGGAAGGAAGAAAACUCAUGGCGUAUGACAAAGAGUGGAAAAAGAAUUAUGAAGUAGAUGUGAUUGCGAAUGUCUCUUGUUGAUUGACAGAUACUUAUAAAAAAGAACUAUCCGAAAAUCCGCACCGAUUGUUUUCACAACUGUGAUCAUAUCAUCUUUCAAUAGCUGAACCAAAGUUGCUGAAUUACCGUAUUUUUUUUACCAAUCUAACAAGUAAUUUGUGUAAUUAGUAAUCUUAAAAG